AUGACGAUGGGAGUUCUUCUCUCUGUUGUUAUGCCAUUUUCGCUGAUACUUUCUCCCAUUACCGAACUCAUGAAUGACUUUUUACGUUUUCAUAACAAUUGGAAUAAUCAGCAGUCGUUUAAAGAAACAACGAACAUUAGUAUUCAUCAAAUAUCUACUUUCACUCAUUGGAAAUGCAUCACAAAUUUGCCGAUUAAUGAAAAUGUUAAACAAUUUAAACAGCUAUUAUCAAUCAUCGUCAUUAACGAUUUACUUUGGCAAUCGUGGCACUCGAAAAAAGAGAAGAAGGAAUUUUAUUCUGAUUUCAAUUUCAUUAUCUAA